AUGGCGGAGGGCGGCGAGCUGGCUAUCCUCGAGGACUACCUGCUGUUGGAAGAUGCACCUCUGCUGGAGGAGAUGGCGGAGGAGGAUGAAGAGCUCGACCUGUAUAAUGAGAUGACAUUUGGGUUAGACUCCACUAAGGAGGACACUACAAUCUCCCUGAUGCUUCCUGACACAAGCCCUGAGCUGGCUGAAGUGGUGGCAGAGGAGACUGAGACCAUGGAGGCAUUGGGGGCUGAGCAGCUGGAGGAGCUAGGAAAGCCCCUGGAGGAAGGUGGGAUGGGGCUGGAGAAUGAGCAGGUUGGCUCAGAGCUGGAGGAAGAGGAGUUGAAGACUGAGGAACAAGAGGAAAAGGAGGAGCCCUCUGAGGAGCCCAACGACCUGGGAGACCCAGCAGUGAUGAAAGCUGUGCAGAGCAAGCCCACGCUGGAGAGCCAAGACUCGGCAGUGCUGGACAGCAGGAUUGGUGCUUGCUGGGCAGAGUUCGGCAAAGAGGAGGUGCUGGAGAUGGAACCUACAGUGUGGGGCUCCUGCCCCAGCAGCCUCCCAUCCCACCAUGUGCUGGAGGAUAAAGCCAUUGUCCAGGUCCUCGAGAGGCCUCCAUCCUCCCCCAACGUGGCCCUCAACUUCCUCAGCUCCCCCCUGCAGAGGGGCUAUGGGGGCUCUCCCUGCCUCGAGCGCCCUGACCUAAGGCUGGUGUCACCCAAGUCCUUCCCUCAGCACUUCCUCCAGCAGCAGCCUCCUCUGAUGCCUCCUCGCAGCUUCGCACCGGCUCGCAGAGCCUCUCCGCUCCUCGCUUCCAGCCAGCCUGCAGGCUACUCAUCUCCAGGUCCCUUUGGGCCCAUGUCACCCAGCCUUGGCAGUGCCCCCCAGCCCCUGGCCAUGCACUUUGGGCCUGUGUCUCCCUCUCUGGACCCUGCACUGCUCUUCAGUCCCUCAGCCAGCAGCCAGCUGAACCUCAGCGUGCCCAGCCACAUGACCCAGCUGCACCCCCAGCACCAGCGGCUGCUGACCCAGCGGCAGCAGCAGGGGGGGCAGGCACACAGCAUCUCCCCCAAGAAGCUGUGGUCUCCUAAAGUGGACCCUUAUGCUGGGCUGAUGACCUCCAAGGAGAAGGACUGGGUGGUCAAGGUGGAGAUGAUCCAGCUGCAGAGUGAGAACAUGGAUGAUGACUACUACUACCAGACCUACUACCACGGGCUGGAGCGCAAGCAGGCGGAGGAGGAGCUGCUUGGAGGCCGCAACAAGCAGGAACCCCCCAAGCUGGUCACCCCCUUCAUCCAGAAAGUGGAGACCUAUGACUCUGUGGUGCGCAUCGCAGGCUCGCUCGGCCAGGUCGCCGUCUCCACCUGCUACAGCCCGCGCCGCGCCAUCGACGCUGUGCACCACGCCCUGGUGGAGGAGGCCACAGGGAGUCACCGUCUCCGGGCGCUGCACAGGAUCGAGAAGCUCUUCCUGCAGCUGCUGGAGGUGGAGGAGAUGCAGCAGAAGAUGUCCCUGGCCCUGGAGAAGCAGCAGCAGCCCUGCUGUCAGGAGCAGAAGAACCAAGAAGUGCAGAGUAUCUACCAAGCCCUGAGAGUCAGGGCUUGCAGCAGCCAAGAGGAGGCAGAGGAUGAGUUCUUGCAGCUCCUGUGUGUGCGGAAGGGCAAGAAGCUCCUGGCCCGGCUGCUGCCCCACCUGGUCCGGGAGCAAGCGGAGAAGCUGCUGCUGACCAUCACCCACCACCUGCCCUUCCUCAUGAAGAAGGAUGUGUUGGAUGAGUCUCUCUCCCUGCUCUACAGCCCCUUGAACAAGGUGGUGGCUGGGACCAGCUUCAGCAAGCUCAUCGAGGUCCUGCAGGAGAUGACCAGGCCCCUGCCCGACUCCCCUGAGCUCCCCCUUGCCAUGGCCUUGAAGAACCAGUUUGGGAUCUCUCUGCUCUACUCCCUGCUGAGCCACGGCGAGAGGCUGCUGUCCUGCGAGGUGCCGCUGGAGCCGUGCCCGGGGGACUUCGAGACUUGGACGGACACGGUGUUCCUGGUUGCCCGGGAGCUGUCGCAGGUGCCCAAGGCCGCGCUGGUGGAGCCUCUCUUCCUGCCCAGCAACCUCCUCUCGCUCUUCUGCCGCUACCUGGACAAGCAAACCAUCCACCAUCUGGAGGCCAAGAUGGAGUGCUCCCCGCUGCCGCCGAGAGCUGCCAUGCUGUGCUGAGAGCCCCUCAGGAGCUGGGAGUUGAGCCAGGAUUGGGCAGGGCCUGAUGCUUUGAGCUUCAAAGCAAGCACUCGACCCUGGUGCAGGGCAC